CUCUGGGAUCCCCAGGGCUAACGGGCAUCCUGUUCCUGCAGCCGGGCACCGUGACCAAGUCCCUCACCGUGACCAAGUUCCUCUGAGUGUCCUGCCAACCCAGGCUCACCAGCUCCCUCCAGCUACUGCCCAUCAGGUCCGCUGCCAGCCUCAAGCUGAACUCCAACCCCAGCUAUGAGCUCCUGGAGGCGUGACUCCCUCAGGGCCAGCAGCUCGGAGCCCCUCCCAGUGGUCAUCAUCGGCAAUGGCCCCUCGGGUAUCUGCCUGUCCUACCUGCUCUCUGGCCACAUCCCCUACGUGAAGCCAGGGGCCAUCCACCCACAUCCUCUGCUGCAGAGAAAGCUGGCUGAGGCUCCGGGGGUCUCCAUCCUGGACCAGGACCUGGAGUACCUUUCGGAAGGCCUUGAAGGCCGAAGCCAGAGCCCUGUGGCCCUGCUCUUUGAUGCCCUCCUGCGCCCCGACACAGACUUUGGAGGCAGCAUGGACUCGGUGCUCUCCUGGAAGCGGCAGAAGGAACGUGCUGUUCCCCACCUCGUCCUGGGGCGGAACCUUCCUGGGGGCGCCUGGCAUUCCAUUGAAGGUUCCAUGGUGACCUUGAGCCAAGGCCAGUGGAUGAGCCUCCCAGACCUACAGGUUAAGGACUGGAUGCGGAAGAAAUGCAGAGGUCUCCGUAACAGCAGAGCCACAGCCGGCGACAUCGCCCACUACUACAGGGAUUAUGUGACCAAGAAGGGUCUGAGCCACAACUUUGUAUCUGGUGCCGUAGUCACUGCUGUGGAGCAGGCAGAGUCUGGGCCUGGUAGUCCUGAGGCCCAAGCACCCAGCCCCCUCUUCCAAGUGAAAGGCUAUUUGACUGCCAAGGACCACAGCCACCAGCCCUUCUCACUGUGGGCCCGUAACGUGGUCCUGGCCACGGGCACCUUUGACAGCCCAGCCCGGCUAGGCAUCCCCGGAGAGACCCUGCCCUUUGUCCACCACGAGCUGGCAGCCCUGGAGGCAGCCCUGCGGGCAGGCACCGUGAACCCUAACUCGGACCCGGUGCUGAUUGUGGGCGCUGGGCUGUCUGCGGCCGACGCUGUCCUCUUUGCUCGCCACUACAACAUCCAGGUGAUCCAUGCCUUCCGCCGGUCUGUCCAUGACCCUGGCCUGGUGUUCAACCAGCUGCCCAAGAUGCUAUAUCCUGAAUACCACAAGGUGCACCAGAUGAUGCGUGAUCAGUCCAUCUUGUCACCCAGCCCCUAUGAGGGCUACCGCAGCCUCCCUGAGCACCGGCCUCUGCUCUUCAAGGAGGACCACCAGGCAGUGUUCCAGGACCCACAAGGGGGCCAGCAGCUCUUUGGAGUCUCCAUAGUGCUGGUCCUCAUUGGCUCCCACCCCAACCUCUCCUACCUCCCCAGGGCAGGUGCUGACUUGGUCAUAGACCCAGAUCAGCCACUGAGCCCCAAGAGGAAUCCCAUUGAUGUGGAUCCCUUCACCCAUGAGAGCACUCACCAGGAGGGCCUAUAUGCCCUGGGGCCACUGGCUGGGGACAACUUUGUGAGGUUCGUCCAAGGUGGGGCCUUGGCUGCUGCCAGCUCCCUGCUGAGGAAGGAGACCAGGAAACCACCCUAACAUCAGCCAGAUGCCCUGACACCAGGCCCUGAAGAGAAAGGGGUUCAUCACAGCCCGUGGGACAUGAGCCCAUCUAAAGAUUUCCCAUGUGGGGACCAGUCUCCCCAGCAGGAGACGAAGACUAGAGCCCUGUGGAUGGGCUGUCUGGCCCAGAGGCAUGGGGAACACAGGCCACCCCAUCCUCAGGCUAGUCAAGGCCCACGGUGAGAGCAGCAGCCAUAGGCCAGAGAAGCCUGGGCCUGGGCCCCCUUGAAGCUAUCAGUGUGUGCUGGCACCACGGGGCCAGCUGAGUGCCCACUUAGGAGGGCUCCAGGCCUAACCUUUCCGAACCAGGUCCAUAAUAAAACCAACAGUGCCUCCACUGUGCCUGAAGAGUCUGUGCUUGGGGGGUGGCUGGGCAAACAGACCCCGUACUGGGCCCCUGGGUAAGGCCUACCGCAGCAGGAAAACAAGGAAGGGAUGGAGCCCCAUGGUACAGCAGUCCUGGGUACUGUGUUACAGACUCUGGAGAGUCUGGGCAGGGACUGAUGCUUCCAGAAACCUGCGGCAGUCCUGUGCACCCUAUAAUCCCCUGGUCUGCUCUCACCUCCCUGUUACCUGCCUCAGGGCCUUUGCGCAGGCUGCUGUCCAGCCCUGGGCCCCCUAUGCACGUCUCUUGAGUCUGAGUCGCUUGCACAAUUCUCCACCUCUCGCUCUGCCUUCAGGGCAACUGGCGUCCGCGGGUGGAGGAGGGGAGGAAGGGACGCGGGGAGGACCGGCCGGCAGAGGGCGCUCAGGGCUCGCUGGACACCAGCACCACGGGGGAGGGGACCGGGGGUCAGCGGGACCCUGGUGGGGACCGGGACACAAUCCUGGGGGCCCCCCACCCUCCUCCACACCUGCCCGCAGCCCCGUGUGCACGAGGCCAUCCCCCCUCUGCGACUGUGCCAGAGUCCGGCCGCCGGACCCCGCGCCCCCGUGGGCAGUCCCCUGCCUCCGCUCUUGGCCGGCGGGGUGGGGGCGGCGGGCGCGGAGCACGUGGCUCGGGGUCCGGGGAGCCCCCCCACCCCCCGGCACUGGCGGUCCCCGCGGUGUCCGGGCCGCGGGGCCGGCGGCGGGA